UAAAAAUUUUUUGAUGUAAGCUUACUACGAGUUCAUAAGAAUUGCCGUCACUAUUACAAGAUUUCCAUAUGCCAUGUAUGAGGCAUCGCUGUUAUCAGGAGAAGGCUGUUUCCCCCGCACAGUUAAACACUCACUGAACACUUGACAGGACCUGCUGCAUUAGCACAUGCUUGCUGCUUGUUUUGGUCCAAUGUACUUUCUUUCCAUAAUCACAGUGUUGUUUACUUUCCUGACACUGAGAGCUUGCACGCUUCUUACAGACGUCAGCAUUUGUGGGGAUUUUUUCCAUAGUUCAAAAGUCUCUCCCUCUUUAUUCUUCUAUCUGCUCCUGUCCUGAUGAUCACCUUCUCCUCCUCCAGCUACCGUACAGGUUAUAUCCAGGAUGUUCUCAGAGCCAGAGAGAAAGCGCUCCCUUCAGUUUCUGGAGUUCUCUUUCUGGGAGGUCAGAAACACGAAAAGUCGUCUGUCCACGUUGAGAAAAAAGUUAAAAGCUUCUAAAUCGUUUUAUAUCAACCGCUCAUUGGAGAAGAGGGAGGUGCUGGCUGUGUCUGAUGGAGAAUUGAAUAAGACUGAUUUAGAUGGACGGGGCAGUGAUCAAAGUCUUAACAGCUUGCCCAGUGUCCAGAGCGCUGGACUUGUGUCAGAGAGAUCGGUCGCCAGCUGGGCAGUAUCGUUUGACAGACUUCUUAAAGACAAACUUGGAAUUGAGUAUUUUACGGAAUUCCUAAAGAAAGAAUACAGUGCUGAGAAUAUAUACUUCUGGAAAUCUUGUGAGACGUUCCAGGGCAUUUCACCGGAUGACACUGAGCAGCUUUUGCAGGAGUCUCGAUGGAUCUACAACGAAUAUCUCUCAAGUAGCUCCUUGUGUCCGGUCAAUGUGGAUCAUCAGGCCCUUAUCACAGCAGAGAUGCUGGAAAAACCAUCUCCUAAUCUUUUCAAAGCACAACAGCUACAGAUAUACAACUUGAUGAAGUUUGACAGCUAUGCUCGCUUUGUAAAGUCCCCUCUAUAUCAGGAAUGUAUGUUAUCAGAGGUGGAAGGACGUCCUUUGCCAAACCUUACCUCUGAUCCUACAGGCUUGGGCUCCAGCUCUUCUGCUUUUAUCUCUGGAGCAGUGAGGAAAAAGAAGCUGAGACCAGGGAAGUCUCUGCCCAUUGGCGUUGAGGCAACUGGAAUGGACAACUUGACGGAUGGCAUCAAACUCAACAGGAGAUCUUUGAAGAAGAAGGAUAGGAAAGGAAACGUCACAGACGCCGCAAACACCAAUGGGCUCUUAUCUCGUCGCAAAUCUGAAGGAUCAUUGAACUCCAGAACUAACCUGGACAUGAGCACCAUCUCUUCAUUCUCUGGCAAAGAGAAUGACAGCAGCAGUCUAAGUAACAUGGAACUUGAAGCAGACACCAAACAAAUCAAAUACUGCUGUGUCUACCUCCCAGAUGGCACUGCCUCACUCACAGCUGUCAGAUCAGGCCUAACCAUACGGGAAAUGCUGUCUGGAGUCUGCGAGAAACGAGGAUACAGUCCUGCAGAUGUGAAAGUAUAUCUAGCAGGAAAUGAACAGCGGAAGGCACUGGCUCUGGACCAGGAGUGUUUGGUUCUUACAGACCAGGAGGUGAUGCUGGAGAACAGGAUCAGUUUUCAUUUACAGAUUGAAUCACUGAAUAAAAGCUUACGUAUUGUGGCAAAGCCCACGAAGACCAUCCGAGAGGCUUUACAGACCAUUUUGAAGAAAUACGGACUGGAUAACCAUCAUUUUGUGCUAAAAAAGAUGGGUGAGUCACACGCUUUAAACCAAAGCAACUCUGUGCAUCAAGUGGCAGGACAGACGCUUGUGUUGCAGCAAACCCUUACUGAGAUGAAAGACAUUACAAUCACUGAAGGAAAUACAGCUGAACCACAAACUAAGAUAGAACCUGUGAAUGAAAAGCCUGGAGAACAUAUGGCAAGGUCAGACCUUCAGCAUCAGACACAAGCAGAGUAUAUCAAUGCGAAUGACAGCUCACUAUUGAAUAGCCCUAGCAGACUUCCACAAGUCAGACACAAAGUUUAUCCACACAACUAUGACAUUGAAGGAUUAGUAGAAAUGCUUAACAGAGUCCAGAGCAGCCGGGCAGAUGACCAGCGUGGGUUGCUAUGUAAGCAGCACCUUGUUCUACCUGACUUCCUGAAAAUCCAGACAGAGGACAAAUGUGAUCAUUGCCACAUGGACUGCCAGGACAAUGCCACAGAGCUUCCAAAGGCUGCCUCAUCCUGUCCAGAUGUUUCUGCUGCAAACUACCAAGAGCAAAUUCAAGACACCAACUUGCCAUGUCCAGAAGGAGCAUGCCCCCCAUAUUUUCACACCCAUGAUACAAGUAACUCCACUGCUGACAAGGACAUAGUCCCAGCAGUGACAAUUUCCAGUAUGGACUCUGAGCCAACCGUCAGCAAUGACCAAAUUUGUACAGAAGAUGAAAGUUGUGCUUUGUAAUUAAUGACAGUGCUUCGUAUUUAUUUCGCUCCCAGGAGAAGGAUGCUGGAUACAAAUGUGAUCCAGGAAGAUGCAGGGACUUGCUGCAGAUAUACACAUUCAGUGAGGGUUGAAUCAAACCUGUUUUCUAUGAACAAGACCAAUCAACAAUUACAUGGGAGAUCUGUACGCAGACCAUGUCAUAGAUGUAAGAGGCUUACAAGCUCUAUCCUUUUGUCUAAUGGCAGCUAACGUUGACACGCAGUGGGUCUUCUUCACUAAUGUCAGAAUUGUGAGACAGAGGCUGUGUACAGUAGUUCAUAUUAUUACUUGGAUAAUUGUUCGGAUACUAUUCAAACAUGGCUUUGUGAUCUCGUGUCCAUUUUCUAUCUCAUUCAUUCAUAAGUUACAAACACUAACACUUAUGUUUAUUUCUCCAUUAUAUUGGUGCCUUUGAAGCAAGAAGACAGACAAAAUAAAAUUAUUUAUUUCACAGUGGUUCCCAUAGAUUGAUGUAGUGUAAGCAGACUUCAGCUCAAAUGCAUGUUUUACGUAGUUCAUUGAUCACUUUCCUUCCUCGUUGCCAAAUGAUAGACACUUACAAAUUUACUAAGAUGGGAGGUCUAUUUAAGAUGGGAUGUUGUCCAUAGCAACCAAUCAGAUUCUACUUCUCAUUUAUCUGGCACCUUCUAGAAGAUAAUACCUAGAAUCUGAUUGGUUGGUAUGGGCAACAUCCCAUCUUAAAUAGAACUCCCAUUUUAGUAAAUUUACCCCUUAAGGGCCCCAUACACUUAUGCAACAUGUCGGACCCUCAUGUCACUGGCGAUGCUCACGGGAACGCACAUCGGAUCGGAAACACUUCCAAAAUGCCCGAUUUCACCUGAUAUAUCGAGCCAAAUGCCCGAAAUCGGAUGAAAUCGGGCAUUAUCGUUCUAGUGUAUGGGGCCCUUUACUUCCCCUGAAGCAGGUCAGUUACUAUAGCAGAUACUGGUUCUAAAUUUGAACAAAUUAAAGCCAGGUUAGUUGGGGGAGGUCCAAAGUAACCAGAAGAAACCACAAUAUAACUUAAAGCCCAGAGAAAGAGAGGUUCAUCCCUCUCUCUGAUAUCACAAAUACAGUUAAUCUGUGCUAGCCACAAUUAUAUAUAAAAGCAUUAUAGCUGUUUUUUUUAAUGAUUUUAAGUAGCACAGAAUGUGAACUAGUCGCUAAAGCCCCCUAACAGUUCCAACAACUAUCAUUAGAACCAUUUGUACAGUCUCAUAGGCAAUAAAGAAGUUUGACAUCAAUGGUGAAUUAUCAAGACUUAAUAUUUGCGGCUUCUUUGCCCGUGGUGGAUCCGCAUGAAAACCCAGAUGGAUAACAUGCCAAAUAUAAAACAAAUGUAAGUCAAUGAGACCAAUCGAACUUAUGCAGUUGUGGUUUAUUUUGUUAUUGUAAACACAGCAGGCUCCAGUUCCGCUGCUGAUACUCUGAAUUUACAUCUGUGUACAAUCUGCAUAAAGAAAUACAUUGCAGCUUUUUUAGGCAUUCAAUCUUCUUCCAUAUGUGUCAAAUAAUUUCUAUAAUCAAAAACCUAUUUUCUUAUUUUGCUACUGGCAACAACAUACACGUGGAAAGGGAGGGGGGUAAUUCAGUAGAAUAGGAAAUACCAGAAGAAAGAAACCUUGGGUAAAGUUAGUAUUAUAUUUCUAUUACAGUCAGUAUAAUGCCGCUAUUAACUGGGAUUUUCGUUUGAGCGAAAACAGUUCUUAACGUAACGUACAGUAUUUAAUGCUGCCUACUGAGUAUGUAGCCUUCCCAAAUAUACCACUAGUGGAUCUUGCAAAAAAAUAUAUACAGUAUGGUAAACAGAUAUAUGGAUAAAUGAAGUGUAAAUUACAUCAUUCUUUUAAAUGCAUACUCUUUAUAAAAUAUAAGCUAUAAUGUAUAGGCUAUUUUUUUAUUUCUCUCAAAAUGUUUUUCAUGUUUUAAAGUUACAAAAAGUAUUGUAUUAUAAAAUAGGGCCCGAUUCGUGUUU